AAGAAUAAGUGCGCUCUCCGCGGAGUCGACAGAAGCAGAUUUUUCUGUUUUUCAGGGAUAUAGUGGAUAUAGUAUUUUCAACCUGACUUCCGUUUCACCUGAACACUGAAGCACGGACUCCGCUCAAGUACAGUGGGUGGCCACCUGUCCUUUUACACUCCAUUGGUACUUCCGCUGUAAGUCUGCGAGGACGUCGUCAACACUUCCGCGGAGCAGUCGACAGGGACCAGCGAAAACGACUGUUCCUUGGUCAAACUCCACGGCAUGAUGAAGACACAGGGUGUAUUGGUGGGGGUGUCUCUGCUGACUAGCGUAGCUCUGCUGGGGCUGAUAAACGUGCGGCGGAAAGAAGAGAUGAAGGAGCAGAAACAUGUAUCGUUCGAGACGAUUAAACUGCGUGUGACCAGAGACGUACUGGGAGAGUACCAACACGAGGUGAUCAGAGCUCACAACCUGCUGGACAAGACCAAGGCUCAGGUGGAUACUCUGGGGUCAGAACUCCCCCCACUGCAGGCUGCAGAGGCCAAGAAGAAGAGUGAACUGGAGGCAUGCCAGGGAGAAAAGAAACAUGUUGCUGAUGAGGUGGGGGCCGUUGAGGCAGAGAACAGUAACUCUAAACCUGAGUUUGAGAAGCAAAAGGCUGCCUGGGAAGUAGAGAUGAUGUCUCUCAAACAGCAGGUGGUGCAGCGCAGCAAAGUGUGUGUCUUUGUGAAGAAGGACUCUGUAGAGGGAAGGAAACUGUGUGGGGAUGAACCGCCUAAACAAGAGGCCGCUCCAAAACCAGAUGCCCCCAAACCAGAAGAAUCCAAACCAGAUGCUCCCAAACCUGAUUCUCCUAAAGAAGCCCCUAAACAAGAGGCCGCCCCCAAACCAGAAGAACCCAAACCUGAGGCCCCAAAGAUGAGAUGAGCAGAGCUGGGGAUGGACAAAGAGAACGUGGAAUCAAAGAAAAGACAUAAGGAAGGCAGAGACCUUCUGCAGGACAUUUCUGUUCCUUUUUAAACUCGUUAGAACUUGUCCUUCAUGCUACUUUAGUGUCUAUUAACUACCAUCUAACAUGAGUGGAUAUUGAAUACUGUUUGUUAACCUUGUCCAUUCCUCUCUCUCAGUAUGACCCUCCCUCAGGGGGUGUUUGUGUGUGAUUUGAACAAAUGUGUAUGUGCCACCAGUAUCGACCAAUUGGAAAGUCCAGAGCCUCUCUCUGUCACUCCUCAUCAUCCUCACUCUGUUACCCCGGUGACGGUAUUACGCAGUGGUGGCGACCAUAGCAUGGACAAAUCAAAAGUCCUGGAUUAAACUAAUGGUAUUUCUGUUAAGUCUGAUUCUGAUGUAAUAAAGCUUAACCCUAAAGGAAA